UGCUGCUGCGUUUCUCGUCGACGCGCGCAAACCCGGAUCUCGUGCACCAGCUGACCCAGAGCAAACAGUGCUGAGAGGAAGGCGAACUUUCUGCUCUCGGUCUCAGGAAAAGCUCGCCGAGGCUUUGGCUUCGCAAACGUGAUAUCAGAAAUGAGCUCGUCCAAACGAAGUGAAAGUGACUGGCAGGGUUUGGUGAACGAGUUCUUGAUAUGCAAACGUAAGCUGGAAAGCAAGAAGGACGCCCUCCUCAUCCUGUCCAAAGAGCUGGACAGCUGUCAGCAGGAGAGAGACCAGUACAAGCUGAUGGCCAACCAGCUGCGAGAGACGCACCAGAGCCUGAAGAAGAAAUACAGGGAGCUGAUUGACGGCGACUCUUCACUUCCACCGGAAAAACGUAAUCAGGUCAGUCUGGCUCAGUUGUUGAUGGAUUCGAGGGAGAGAAAUAAGCAGCUUGCUGAAGAAGUAAAGGAACUGACUCAGAGACUCACUGAGACACAGGGAGACAAUAAGCUGUUAAGAAUGACCAUCACCAAACAGAGGCUCGGGGACGAUGAAGUCGGGGCCAGACAUUUCCCUGCUCACGAGCGCGAGGAUCUGGUCAGGCAGUUGGAGAAAGCGGCACUACAUAGAGAAGAACUUGAACACAGUCUGAAGACGCUGAGUGAUGAACUGCAGGAUAUAAAGGCAGAGAGGAACGUGUUUAAGGAGAAGGCCGAGCGUCUCAACCUCGAGCUGAACCACAUCUUGGGCGGCCAGGAGAAACGCAUUAUCGACGUGGACGUGCUCUGCAUGGAGAACAAGUACUUGCAAGAGAGAUUCAAACAAGUUCAAGAGGAGGUCAGUCUGUUGAAGAGUAACAUACAUAAAUAUAAGACGGCUCUGGAUCGCAGAAGAAACCCUGAGAUCGGCGGCAAGCCUAACAGGAGUGCUCUUUCUGGAGUCCUUUCUCCUAAACAAGUGCAGGGUUUGCUGUCAGAAGACGACGGGUGCAGUUUACCGGCCACACCUCAGUCUAUCGCAGACCUGAAGUCUUUAGCCACGGCCCUGCUGGAGAACAUUCAUGAGAAGAACAUAAUCGUUCAGCACCAAAGACAGACCAACAGAAUUCUGGGAAACCGAGUUGCUGAUUUGGAGAGGAAACUGAAGACUCUGGAAAUAUCUGGACUCUGGAGUCUCCCGGGAAGCGCAGACGCCAUCGCCCUGAGCGCCGCUCCCCCGUCCUCCACCGACGGUCCACGGGACGGCGCUGACCCACGGCCCGCUGCAGGCGACGGGACGGGAGGAGCGGGGCCGUCGCCGUGGGAACAGGACGCAGCUGGCGGUGACAUGUGGGCCGCUCCAGACGAGGAGGACGCACCUGCCACCCCGACGCCGAGCGGGUCACGGCCGAGGUGACCGAGAAUCCUGGGCAAAGAAACACGGUGCGCUCCGGAAACGGAGGAGGGCCAGGUAGCACAGAUAGCUUCGGUCGCUCCUGACAAACCCGCCUGCCUCGGGGGGGACUGAAGAGAGCUCGCUCUGAAGGUAUUCCUGAAGAUUCCUGUUGAGAAAAGCCACCCUCUUCUGUUAAAGGAGGGGGAAAGAAAGGUCUUUGCAAUUUAUGU